UCUGGAGGUCUCUUGCAACGCCAGCAAUUCCAUCGUUUUCUGAUAUGUACAAAUGUAGAGGCACACACAUACAUACUUAUGCUAUGCUUUAAACUCGGUCUCACUGUGUAUUAAUGCUGCAGUGUUCUGCUCUGUUUGAGGCCGGGGAUAAAAUCCCGGGGCCUUACCGGAGACACCUGUUGGUAAAUAGCUGAAAAGGGCGGUCCUAUGCCACCUGGAUGGAAGUUUUCCAUUGGUUUGUGCGAGGAGAUUGAGCAGGGGUCACCAAACUAGACUGGCAGAAGGGAAGUUUUGUGUGUGACAAGAUGUUAAAACAACUCUAUUUUUUUAUUUGCUUACUAAGAUAUUUUUAAAGAAAAAUGUAGAGUUCUGUAGGUGCAGCUGGGCUGUAUGAGAAGAAUACAUUAACUUCUAAUUUUGUUACUGCUUCUUAUUUCAGUCCAUCUAACAUAAUAGCUGCAGGAAUUUGUCUUUAUUUUUUUUUCCAUGUGAAGGAGUUCUCAUGCAUGCAUAUGGAACUAGUGCAGAUAUCAAGUAAUCUGUUUUAAAAUAACUUCACAGUGUUUUAAUUUAAAAAAAUAUUGUGAAUUACUUGAACUAAAAUUUACUGUUACUCUUUCUCCCUUCUUUCAUUCAAAAUUUUAAACUGAUUGAAGACAGAAUCUGCAGGAAGUCUGAGAUAACUUAAAUACAUCUGACUUUGACAAAAAAAACUCUAUACAAGAAGGACAAAAAGAACAGUGCCCGUUCCCAGGAGACAGGGAAAACGUGGGAACUCUUCCACCUUGCCAGCCAGCCAGCGUGUGCACCCAGUCCACAUGAGGUUUACUGUCCAAAAGGAUUUAGACCUUGCUUAAAAAGAUGCCUGCUGCCUGUGAGUCAGUGCUUGAGGAUAUCGAAGACAUCGUGUCAGCAGAAGAUUUGAAGCCACACGAUCGACAGUUUGUGAGAAGGAAUGUUUUUCCCAAAGUGCGAAAACGGAACUCCCAGAAAAACAUUCAGACAGAUGAUGAGCCCCCAAGUGACAGCAUUAUUCCUGGUGUUCAGAAAAUCUGGAUUCGUACAUGGGGAUGUUCUCACAAUAAUUCGGAUGGUGAAUACAUGGCUGGACAGCUGGCUGCAUAUGGAUACACAAUUACAGACAACUCUGCUGAAGCAGAUUUAUGGUUGCUGAAUAGUUGUACAGUAAAAAAUCCUGCUGAGGACCACUUCAGAAACUCAAUCAAGAAAGCCCAAGAAGGGAAGAAGAAAGUUGUUCUAGCAGGUUGUGUACCACAAGCCCAACCUCGCCAGGAAUACCUGAAAGGCUUGAGUAUUAUAGGGGUUCAGCAGAUAGAUCGUGUAGUAGAAGUUGUGGAGGAAACUAUUAAAGGUCAUUCUGUGAGGCUGCUGGGUCAGAAAAAGGAUAAUGGAAAACGUUUGGGGGGAGCACGACUGGAUUUGCCAAAGAUUAGGAAGAAUCCACUUAUAGAAAUAAUUUCCAUCAAUACAGGGUGUCUCAAUGCAUGUACCUACUGUAAAACAAAGCAUGCCAGAGGAGAUCUAGCAAGUUAUCCUAUUGAAGAACUGGUGGACAGAGCCAAGCAGUCUUUUCAAGAGGGUGUUUGUGAGAUAUGGCUGACCAGCGAAGACACAGGGGCUUAUGGCAGAGACAUUGGCACAGACCUCCCCAAGCUUCUGUGGAAGCUGGUUGAAGUUAUUCCUGAGGGAGCUAUGCUGAGGCUUGGCAUGACAAACCCUCCCUAUAUUUUAGAGCAUCUGGAGGAAAUGGCCAAGAUUCUCAGUCAUCCAAGAGUAUAUGCUUUUCUGCACAUACCAGUCCAGUCAGCCUCUGACAGUGUGCUCAUGGACAUGAAAAGAGAAUACUGUGUGGCAGACUUCAAACAAGUAGUGGAUUUCCUUAAAGAAAAAGUGCCUGGAAUAACAAUUGCUACAGACAUCAUCUGUGGUUUUCCAGGAGAGACAGAUGAAGAUUUUCAAGAAACGAUGAAACUUGUAGAACUGUACAGGUUUCCAAGCUUGUUUAUUAAUCAGUUCUACCCACGUCCAGGAACCCCAGCUGCAAAAAUGCCUCAAGUUCCAGCUGCAGUGAAAAAACAGAGAACGAAGGAUCUGUCCCAGCUGUUUCAUUCAUACAGUCCAUAUGAUCAUAAGGUUGGUGAGAGGCAGAGAGUUCUGGUAACAGAAGAAUCCUUUGACUCCAAUUACUAUGUUGCUCACAAUCCUUUCUAUGAGCAGGUUCUUGUGCCAAAGGAUCCUCUGUUAAUGGGUAAGAUGGUAGAAGUGGAUAUUUAUGAAGCUGGGAAACAUUUUAUGAAGGGGCAGCCAGUAUCAGAUGCCAGAGUUCAUACUGCAUCCAUCAACAGACCUCUAGCAAAAGGAGAAGUUUCUGGUUUAACAGAGGAGUUCAGACGUUCACUGCAGAACGGCACAAACUGGAGAGCACAGCCUUCUGCUGAGAUCCCAGUGAAAACACGGCUCAGCUCCUGGAUGGCUUUGCAGCUGCCAUGGCAACAAGAGGGAGGUGGAGUGAAGAUCCUGUCUGUCAGCCUGGCUCUGCUGGCAGUUCUUGUUAUGUUUUACUAUGGAGGAAUGAAAACAGAACUGUGAACUGAAUGGGGCUUUUAUUAAAACAAUAAAACUGCUGUUCAAAGUCUUCAAAGGAAUCACUUUUACCAACAAA